AGUAGAUGAGUAUAAGUAUGAGGUCGUAAGCGUUUGUGAUGGGGAUUUUUACAUUGCAUUGUUAAUUAAGCAAGCAAGUUAGCAAAGCAAGCAUAUCAGGUCGUUGGCUUGAGGGUUGUACAGACAGAAGUCACGAACGCCAACUCGAUCUCACUGUCUCGUGUCUACGAUAUAUUGCUUCUUCUUCCCAUAUCUCAGAGAGAUAAGAAGAUUGAAAAAGGAAAAAAGAUACACACGCGUCAGAGGAAUCAAGAGUCAUCAGUUACGCGAUAUAACCUUAUAUCCAUCAUAUUUCAUCCAUAGAGGAGGAAUAUCGGCAGUUCAUCUAAACAAAUCACACACCCGCCAAAAUGCACUUCUCAAACCUCGCAACCCUCACCACCAUCCUCUUCACCACACAACACGCAUUCGCCCUCAACGGCGCCCGCAUCUGGACACAUUUCUACCCCCAAUGCUCCGUCGACGGCAUAACCCCCGGCUACUCAACUCUCACCAGUCCCCGAACCGACAUCCGCUCUGGCGUCUGCCACGAAGUCACCACCCCUCUCUCCGACGACAGCAAAGUCGCCUCCAUCUCCAUUGACGCGGAGACUCUCAUCUCUGAAUCAGGCACGCAUUGUAACGUGACUGUGCACGAGGUGCCUGGAUGCGUGGACGAGCCGCUGAUCACUGCCUCUAUCAGGGAUGGGAAAGCGCAUAGUGGAUGCGUGGAGAGGAAUUUCGUUACUUAUUCCGCUGUUUGGGUGCGGUUGGAUUGUGGAGCGGCGAAGGAGAUGUUGCCGAGGGUUAAGUCGGGGAAUAAUGAGGAGUUUGAGGUGGCGAGGUUUCCGACGAGGAGGGAUAGUGUUGUUAGGAGGAGGAUGUCGUAUUAUGCUUGAGUUGUUUCUUUCUUUCUUUCUUUCCUUUCUUUUCAUCCUUUUGGGAGAAUAAAGGAGAAUAGGGAGAUGAAGGAAACGAAAGGAAAGGAAAGGAAAACGAGUACAUACCAUUUGAGAGUUUGGGGUGGUUUUUUUACUCUUGAUCUGAGGGCGUUAUGCGGUUAUGAUUGAUUAUUGGGGAUGUUGGAAAUUGGAUUUACUGCACGAUGUGCCGCUGUGCGGCCAUUGGAGUAACGGGGCAAGUAUCUGUGAGAAGAGUGUUUAAAGAAAGGCUGGGCCUCUUGUUAUCAAUCAGGAAUUGUUAGAGAAGCACAAUACAUGGAAAGCAUUUGAUAUGAUGAAAUGGAAUAUUGGA